AUGAAUCGAUAUGAGAGGGCUAUUUAUCAGCAAAACCAAAGGAGAAGAUAUCGAGAAAGUGUUCAAAAUAUGAAUGCUGGUGAAAUUGACAAUUUAAGGAGGCAUCAGAUGCAGCGACAGCGUGUGAGAAGACAUACGUCAGUGCAGAACAGAGUUAUUGCUCAUGAAUUUGAACAAUUUGACAUAAGAGAACUGAACAUUAUGUGUGAACACUGUGGUGCGCUUAGGUUUAGAAAUGAAAAUAACAGUUGUUGUCACAAUGGAAAAGUGAACGUGCCUGCAUUGCAGCCAUAUCCAGAGAUACUAAAAAUUUUAUUUGAGGGAAACGAUCAAGAGUCCGUUUCAGUCCGUAGAAAUUACAAUUGUACCUUCUCCUUUGGGUCAUUUGGAGUCAAACUGGCAGCCUCUCCAGGAAGGGGUCCGUAUUGCUUCCGCAUUCGGGGCCAAACUUAUCACACGACGACAAAUCUGCAUCCUGCUAAUGAUCAACCGCAAUACGGCCAGUUAUACAUCAUUGAUGCGGAUGAAGCUCUGCAGUAA